CGAAGUCACCUCCAUCUGACGUUUCCCAAUCAAUGGCAACAGACUGGUUAUGGGUGUUCGUGACGGGGGUGGUUUUGAUAACUACCACCGUUUGGACCGGGGAACCAAGCGAAGCCUUGAUGAAGCAAGCGACUAUUAUUUUCCAAAAGAAACCUGGCACGCCAAACGCUGUGGCAUGCGGCAAGGCAAAGGGUCUCUGCCAAGUGCCGAAGAAGUACUGUCCAGCAUACUACAUAGGUCGCGACUUUUAUGUGACAAGAGCUCGCUGUUUGGUGAACAGCAAAGGUGAAAUUGAUGCGCCAAACCAGUUAACAGUUCUUGGUCCAGGGGUUGUAAAUGUAACGAUUGGAUUACACAAAAAUUUCACAGAGCCAAGGGGACCAGAUGUUGCAUGGAUUAGGAUCAAUGAUUCCAGAUUAAAAAAUCGUAAGGAACUAGUAAUUGCUGAAUUAUUUCCGAAGCAUUGUGUACGAUUUCAUCUGGUGAUGGUUAACUCAAAAUCAACCGACGCGCAUGCCCAUUUUCGAUGGAUCAAACAGAAGAGCACUCCGCACCCAGCAGCCAUCAAUAGCACUGUUAUUAAAAGGAUAUACUCAAGUACGAUCGCCUACAAACGACCUGAGCCGUCGUCGUCAGAAGUAGAACACGUGGUUAUGUGCGAAGCGAGAGAAGGAGUGCCAGGGCUUUACGAACUACACUACAUCCUUUUCUCUUUCUACGAUGCCGCCCAUACGUUGGAUAUAGAUUGUCAUUUUGCAAAAUGCGGAGCGACUGAUUUAAUGACCAUAGUAACUACACCAGUUCCAAAGUUGGAAAAAGUAACCACACCAGUUCCAGUGUUUAAGAAUGAAACCACACCAGUUCCAGUGUUUAAGAAUGAAAUCACAUCAGUUCCAGAAAUGAUAAAUGUAACCACAACAGUUCCGAAUUUGAAAAAAGCGUACAGUGUUGAAAAAAUCAUUUACAACUACACUUAUGAGUACUACUAUCGGAACUUCACGAUCCUAACAAAUGGUUCACAUAAACCAAUGCCAACGACAAAAAAACCAAACCUUGUUACAAGCAUAAAGAUUUUUAACCCAUCUACACCAGAACCAUACGAAUUUAUAGACAUCGAAGAAGAUAGAUCACCAACGGAGGAAACUCCAUCAAUACCAGAAACUGCUCGCUUUGGUUUCCAUCCACUGAUUUCAAAUAUGGUCGAAAGCAAUCCCGAAUGCGAAAACGAGUCAGAAUUGUAUACAGAAAAUCCAUAUAGUCCCCCCUUCAGCAUAAACUACAUCGACGAUGUAAACCCGGAGGUCAUUACCACCCCCAAGGCACCGGUGAAACAUUGGGUAGUUUGCCGCAGGUGUCGCCGUUGCUGGCAAAGAAUACGACUACCGCAUCCGUGCCGUCAGGAGCCACCUUCAUCAACCGCAGCAGUUCAGGAAGGGGCUCAGCAAUGUUCAACAGGCAGCACUCCUCCUCCAUGCAUUGAACCGAUGACCACGAUGACACCAGUCGUCGUUCACUACCAGAAUCUGAAUCCGGAGAAUGAAAGGGCUCUUCAGGACAUCUGGGAGGCGGAUGAAGGCGACCAAAGGGAUGCAGCAAGUGGUGAUUCUUGCUAAAAAUUUGGCGAUUUAAUGGCAGUAAAAGAAUAGUUUUUGUAAUGUUACCGAUAUUUGGAUCAAAUAAUAAAAUUUAAU